UGGCGCCUCUGUGGCGGCGUGAUGGAAACGUCAUAGGUUACCAAAAUUAGGUCAGUAUACACCUUGAAUCAGCAUGUGUCAUAAUUAUUGUUGAGGCAGAAAUGCUGACAGCGGCAAUAACGAGCCUUAAAGCUGCAGCACAAGUGCAGCUGAGGAGAAGUUUGCUGAGCACCGCGUUGGAAGAGGUGGUUAUGAGGUGACCACCUGUAUACUUAUUCGCUGGAGCAAUGUGAGUGCAGGUCUGCCGGGAGGGCUAGGGACUAUGGAGGAGGAGGACAAUCAUGCUUCGGUAGGAGGUGCAGUGUCUGAAUCCAUGGCGCACACAGAGAACUAAAUUAGAAGGUGGAUAUCGCUCCCUGGGCUGUGCAUUCAAUUUGAAGCAAAAGCCAUGAGACAUUUAGCCCAGCUAGUGUAUGGACUGGAAGUGCAAGGAAACGACUCGCUUGGCUUGCGACAAAAUAUCCUCCAGCUGCCCUGCCACAUGUCUUGGUAAUUUAAGUUAUUUCCUGAUGGACAGCUUUAAGUGUCUGCUGACUGCUGCAAACUGUAGCUGCAUCUAGCUCACUCUGCUGGACUGGACUGGGAGCUUGGUGUAGUGGGCGAAUGUUUACAUUGCUAGCACAGGAACUUUGGACUGUCAGGAGGAGGAGGAUUCAGUCUCAAGCCGGUGGAACAACGCAAAAUCCUGGCCCAAGGAAUACGUUAACCUAGGAAGCUUCAAAAAAAGAAUGAGAAAGAGUGAGAGGCCAAGAUGCAAGAGAUCCCCAAACCCCUUGUCCAGAACUUCACCCAUUCUCACCUGGUCACCUGAGACGGAUGAAAGCGCAGAAGGAGACUGAGAGCCGGAGGAAGACGGGAUGCCGCUGAGCGAGAGCUUAAGCAAGAGUCACAUCGGAAGAGUCGCGCGGGGUCAGCUGAGUGGGAGAGGAAGGAUGCGGAGAGAUGGCGGCGGCAGGAGCACGGAAGAAAAGUGAGAAAUAGAGGAGGGAGAUGGAGAGCAUGCAUCCUGAAGCCAGCUGUACAAGAGAUGUUGAGACAUAUAGUGAGAGGCACUUAAAAGGGGCUAAUUUCCAAACUGACAGUGCGGAGGAGGCGUGAAGAUUGUGGAUUUGACACAAGUAUGCACAGUUGGCUGAUGUCACAUGUCACCCUUCUCUCACUCCAUUCUCCUCUUCCUCUGAUUGUCAGUGGGUCCAGUCUCCUCCCCGUCUCCCUCCAUCAGGAAUGCUGACGGCUGAGGAAAAACACUGCAAUGUUGUACAAAGUGAACCUGUGUGACAGGAUAAACUGCAGUUUUCCACAAGUGAGGGACACUGGCUGCACUAAAAAUAAUUGGGUUGGUGUUAGAUGAGCACUUUUCCCUCUCAACAACAAAUUGUAGAAUGAGUGGCCUUAAGCACUAAUUAAUCAGGUAAUAAGCUGCUCCGCCACUGCGCAACGAUGGAGCUAUCGCAAGGAUGGAGAUGACGCAAACAGACCCAGCUCUCCGAAAAAGUGUUUCAAGACGAACAUGGCGGCAACUUAACCGCGGUCCAAGAUGACAAUGGCCAACGGGAGAAAUGAUUCUAGGCUUUCCGCCCAGGUACGGGACAGAGACACCAGCCUGCGUGCAUCGAAAGCGCUCGUCGCUCUCCUUUAAGUGAAUCUGCAAAGCGAACGGCGGCAGACGCGCAGCAUCAGCACCGAGAGGCUCGCAACAGCUGGUCUCCCUGCGCCCCCGACGAGAGAACAAAACCCGGGGAGGGACGGUCGCGGGAAGAAGGGGGGCAUGCGGUCAAAGAGGACGCCGUUUCCCCCCGGAGAGCCAUGGAGAACCGGGAUGCGGCAGCGCGAAGCUUAAUCUGUGCGGGCGCGCUAAUUGGAUCGGAAUAGCACCGAGUGUUGCUGGGCGCGAUAGAGGAGCGCCCUGGACCGGCGGAGGCACGGCACCCCACCGCUUAACCGAGGAGAACCAACCGGAGCCCAUCUCCCCUCAAGUCAAUGAGUAUUGUGGCAGAGCAGCCCCCGCGGUGGAGUCGGCCAGGGCAGCACUUUCCUAAAAUAUGACCAGGGGUGCUUGGAUGCGUCGGCAGCAUGAUGAAGGCUUAAAAUUCUGGUUUGCACCCCGAGAGAACGAGAAGCCAUUCACCGAGUCGGAGCGGGCCCAGAGAUGGCGACUGUCGCUGGCCUCUCUGCUCUUCAUCACCGUCCUGCUCUCUGAUCACUUGUGGUUCUGCGCCGAGGCGAAACUGACGCGGACCCGAGACAAGCGGCCGGACGAGGGGCUGCUUGCGUUUACGGACAUGGGCGAGUACUCCAGCUCCCUCCACCGACACCAUACCCCAACAACACCACCCGACCCCCGCCGUCUCGCCAGAGAGCAAGAUGUUAUUUUUAUAGGGAAUUCUACUCUGUGGCGAAUGGACACCUGUCACCCCGACAGCCUGUUCAAGGACUGCUUUACUUUCACGGACGCGGAGACCGUGUGCCCGGGCCUCUCCGGUGGAGGGGGAGAGGGGACACAGUCGGCGUACGUGAAUCUGAGCGAUUUGUACCUUUCUUUUUGUAAUUCCUACUCACUUUUGGAUUUGUUCAACGGGUUUACGAGUCUGGGCAAUUUGACUUGCACCCUGAGCAUGACCGCGGGGGAGGACCAGGACGGGUGCAAGGAGUGCGUCCGGGCUUAUCAGCGCCUCGACCGGGAGGCGGAGAAGAACUACCGGGAGUUUGAGCUGCUGGUUCAGAAAUACGAGACGGAUGCAUACUCUGUCAGGACGUGCAUGGAGGAAUGCAAGAUGGUUUAUAAGCCCUGGCUGUGUUCUCAGUACUUCCAGACCACCCAGAUGCACUGCAGUAAGCGAAUCCCCUGUGGUCAGUACUGCCUGGAGGUGCAGCAGCGGUGCCCCUUCGUCCUGCCCGACAAUGAUGAUCUCAUUCACGGAGGCAGCCCCAGUUUUAUAUGCACAGGGCUGCUGGAGGACUAUCCAUCAGGUGUGGACCCAGAUGCAGAGUGCUGUGACGUGCGGUGGGACUUGAAAGUGGACAACCGUUCCCGGGGGACACUGAAAAGAACUCACCCGCCAUGCCAGCACCGUACCUCCCUCAGCUCCUCGGCAGCCUGCAGACUGUGUAACAGCCGGCUCAAACUCUGCCUGCUGGUCCUCGUCCUCCUACACACUGUCGCCAGCCUCACUGCAUCCCACAAUGCAACAGGACUGGGCCUCCCCGCCAUCGCGCCUCUGGAGGAGAGCCCCGCCAAUGAGGAGUGAUAGAGCUGCCAGGAGGAGGUGAGGUUGUUGGGGUGGGGGAUUCCCUCGCCAUAGCAACCGCUGUGGAAAAAUACAGCCACAGUCGCGCGAGCGGAUGGAGCUGUGUGCCUGUGGACAUUCUGCAGCACGCUCUGGCGAACGGAACAAAAUGUGGGACGCUUUGAGAUGAAAAGACACACAAAUCAAUCAAAACAAAUAAAUAAGUAAACAAACAGACAUACUAAGGGACUCGAGCAGUCCUUUAGAUAGAAAAGGGGACAAUGCCACAGCCUUUGUUGAGUGGGAAGGUCGGCUUCCUCAUGGCUGAGUUUCUCUCACUACGCUUUUUUACACUGUGUUCCAAUUAUUGGUUUCUGUUGCACUGGCUGACUAUGGAAUAACACAAUCAUAUUCUCUUUCUAAUGUUCAUCCUUUGUGUUUGUUUCUGGGUCUCUAAUGCAGGAAGAUAACGUGUUCUCUAAAUAAGACGGAUAAUGUGUAAAAAAAAAAAAAAAAAGAAAAAAGAAAAAAAAAAGAUCACAAUAAUGAUUAGCUGCAAGUUUGUGGGUGUGUGAUGGUUUGUGUUCCGAGAUUAACCGUGCGUGCGAGCAUGCGUGGGCGUGUGUGUGCUCGUGUGCACAUCUUUACACGUGUGUGUGUGUGUGCACGCUCGUGUGUGUGCGUGUGUGUGUGUGUGCGAGAGAGAGAGAGAGACGGAGAGAAUAAGAGUGUGUUCCUGACAUGUACGCUAGAAGUCUACCUAACAGGCUGGUGCAGCGAUGAUGUUGUGAUGGAGGCCCCCCCCUCAGAUGUCACUUAGCUCUGCCACGCUGGUUUGUUGGCCACAAUCCCAUCAAAUAUCUUCUGGGUUUUGAAUGUGGUUCCUGAUGUCCAUGAUAAGCACUGUGUUUAACACAGGUUUAUGGUUUUCCCCUCACUUUGUUCUGUGAGAUAAUAUUCCUCUAUUAACACUGUUUUAAGGAGCAGAACAUAAUUAGCAUCUGUAAUAGGAUAACACCUGGCUACACUAUACAAAGGAAACAUCUGGAGAAGUCAGGAUGCGUUCCUCCAACACCACCAAAGUUGAAUGUCUUGAAAGAUAUCUCAGAUUUAUCACAACUUGGGUCAACAGUCACAGUCUGAACAAACCCCUGGUUAGUCAAUUAUGUUUUGUAAUUAUUGCUGAGUUUUCCUUUGCAACAGACCAUAUUCACAUAGUGGCCAUUCUUCCUCUGACAAUUUCACUUGGCUUGUAAAAAUCUUAUACUGCUCUGAUCGGGUGGCAAGUCAUAUCAACAUAGGCAAGCUAAUGUAUUGUUGUCAUUUCACUGUUUCCUGAUUGAUUAACAACUGUAUAGACAACAGACGGACGGACAUCAGCCAAGGAGUUAGCUAAUGUGGCUGAAUGUGCCUUCAGAUUUUCAACACUCAUCAUCUUUUCUGUUACCAGUCAAUUGGAAGGCUGUAAAAUGACAGCCAAUUGUCAGAUUUCAUUUCAUUGACAUAAAGUACAAAAUACAAAAUGUUUGCCAUCUAGAUUUUCUCACACGUCCAUAUAUCACGUAUCAAAUGAUGAUGAUUCAAAGGUGCAAUAUGUAAGAAUUGUCCAGCUGGUAAACUCUUCUGUUUGUGCCUGUAGCUACUGUUAGCUUGUUAGCUCAGUUAGACGUGUAGCUAGCUGGAGAGUUGAUAUUUACACCGCUAGCACAGGAUCCUUUGACCAGCAGUAAGAAAGGUGUUUUUUGGUCCUUAGCCUAGCUGUUUAGCGUAGACAUUUUUGAGAUAAUGCUAAAAUUGUUAUUUCUCCACAUCCUGUUUAUAAUUGUAAAUGCUUUAGAAAAAAGUUUUAUUUCAUUUAAGAAUGAUUCAAAGUAAAAUUCUUACAUAUUGCACCUUUAAAGCUGUCAACUAAUGCAUUAGGAUAAGCACUGUUCUCUCCUCUUUGAACUAAAAUAAGAUGAGGCAGAAGCACAUGAUUGGAUGCAUAAGAUUAGGAUGGUCAGUGAAUCUUAAAGUUGCCACAUUUUCAGUUCAUUACCUUUCACAUCCUGGAAAAAGCAUCAAUCAAUCAAUCAAUCAGUCAACAGGGCUCUCCUUCUGUUGCUCAGUUCUUGAAGACAAAACUUUGUUCAUGAGUGCCCAGGAAGCUAAAAAAAAAAAAAAAAAAAAAAA